UGUUACGUCUCUUUCUGGCACCGAUUCCUUACACGUGGCCCUGACUUUCAGAUCGCCGCAUUCUUACUGGUUCUCGGACUCUGCAACGCGGAAACCACCGGAAGCGGAGAGAUCAAGGUGAACGACUCGAUCGGGCGUUCUGUCGGCACUGCCGACACCCCGAGGUCGGAUGCUGGGAGUAGCGAAGGGGCGCGGGGAGAUGAUGAGGACGGGGAGGAGGACCUGCCAAUCUUACCACCAAUAAUCUUGCUGGACUUUGAUAACGGCACGCAGAGCGACAAUGCGACCGAUGAUAAGUCAAAGCGCACCGUGAACAACGACCUCGGCUACGGCUUCGAUCGGAACGCCCUGCACGCACCGCGGAAGUAUAACUACUACUUCCCCGCCGGGAAGACCACCGUGAGCAUUGAAGAAUCCAUCAGCCCGUUCUUGCCGCGGACUAUCAUCGAGAAGGUGCCGGCGAACGAUCAGAGGUCGAGUUCCUUCUCCAGACCCGGGCAGCAGGAGAACAGGCCUGCCCCUGCAACGUCGACUCAUCAGAAUCCCGCGAACUUCCGCUAUCACGAUCAGAUGAAAUCCCGACCGGUGUUCGGGCUGCGAACGAAGCUGACGAAGAUCUCCAGCCCCGAGCAGUACGGAGGAUUCUCCCCGAUCGCAAGACCCACCGAGACGUACGCGGAGUACCAGGGCGAAGCUUAUGCAUCCACCACGCAGCAGCCCGUAGUGUUCAGCCGCACGGAGGAAGCGGGUUACGCCACUGCAAGGCCACACGGUGGUCAAGGUUACACAGUGUCUGGCUCGAGUCGGUACACCUACGUCACGCCGAGUCCGCAGUCAUAUGUCGAGGUGCAGUCGCAGCGGUACCUGGGUCAGGGUAGCCAGAAUACGAUAAACGUGCAAGGUUACUCCAGACCGGCGCAGGCCCCGGUGGAAUCAUCGACACCUAAUUCCGUCGAUCCCAGCGUCUUCUUGGAGAGUGUGCAGUCGAGGCUAAAUCCUCAGGAUUAUGCUCGACCGGGCACGAACGCGGUGGAGUCGUCAACGCCCACACCCAGCGAAGGUGUGGAGAGUGCAGGAGCGUUCGCCAAUCUGCCCAGGUACACGGUGGAAAACGGCGUCCGGUAUGAGAACAAGAUAUUCUGGAAGUAUCCGGACGGCAGGGUGUCCGACGUGCCGCCCAUGACGUACGAGACCUACUCGGAGUACCCAUCAUUGGCUGCGCUGCAGGCUGACAAGUCCUCUCAGGACGCAUCGCAGAUCUACGAGUCCGGGCCCAUAACGAACAGCGUGCUGUCCCAGGGCCCGGUACAGUUCCCGCUGGCGCCGGAGUCGGGGAAUCCGCCGACUCCGUUUAUCUCGGCCGAUUCAUUGUCCAAUUUACCGCAGCAGCAGGUGUACCGAUUGGGCUAUCAGAAUCUCGUCAGCCAGAAGCAGAUUGUGCCCCAGCAGAGCAAGGCUGGUAGUGGCCCCGCCCCUGCGUACACGGCGUCCUCGACCACUUCUCCACCACCCAGGAGUUCCCUCAGGUCGACCGGGAAGAAUCAGAAGAACCGGCACGAGCCGCCGAGGCGACCGAUCCUGAAGUACAUGGUGAACAGCCCAGAUCCGGAGUACGCUGCGCCUUACACCAUGCAGAAUGCUCCAAGAAGCACGCCGCCCGUUCAGUCAGCUCGCGGGAACUCAGCCAGGAAGACCAACGCGGGUGGCAGGAACCUGGACAACUAUUCGAACUUGCAAUACACGGAUUUGCUGAACUACAACCCAUCGAUCUCGCAGUACAUCAAGAACCCCACGUCCAUUCUCAACGUACAGCCCACUUUCGUGCAGGCCGGGAGCUCCCUGAUACCAGUGAUCAUCCUGAGAGUGGACGGCGUGCCGCCCAUUCAGCCCAAGGCCACGCCGAACGUGAACUUGAAAGCCCUCCUGCAGCAAUAUCUCGUCCAGUAUGCCAAGAGCAUCGAGGAACUAGCGCGACCGUCCACUUACGAUCUUGGUAACGAUCAGUCCUCGAAGGACCAGGCAUCGUACGCCACAACUUCUCUGCGGGAACUCGCGCGAUUGGCACAACCUGGCGGUCAGGAUCUUCUCGGCAAUCCUACGGAGUCCUACAUUGGCAAAUCGAGCUAUGAAACGAGCAAUUUGGAUGUCGAGAGGAGUCCCGCGGGAAGCAGAUUCGGCGAGCGUACGGCGGCCAGACCGAAAGUCAAGAGCGUGCAGAUUCUGGAGGAUCCGAGAUUCAAUUAUAGAGUUAAGAAUUAAAUUGCGCGUAAUCGAGGAAGAGUAAGGCCGCGCAGGUAUCUCUUGAUUUUCGUGUCCUGUUACUAUGAAUUUUUAUUUUAAUUUUAUCAGAGACAUAAUGUAAAGGCAUCGCAAGUUUGAAAAUGCACAGUCAUGUUACUAAUUGACAUUAAUAAUCGCGAUGAAGACGGAGAGAGAUUUUAAUUUAAGAGCAGGAGAGGUUUUAAUUUAAAUUGAAGUCUUUAUUUGCAUUGAAAAAGAUAAUA